AUGGCGGACGCAGAAUCGGAGGUUGAGCUGGGUUUUAUUGAAAAAGAUUAUAAUAUCCUAAGAUUAGCAAGUCCAUUCUUCCCUAGCAAAGUUGGAGGAAGACCAUCAUGGCUGAAUCUUCAAGACAUCCCAGAUUCAAAGCGUUUACUCUGUACAAAUUGUCAAAAAAACCUGGUCUUUCUUCUCCAAAUUUAUGCUCCCUUGACCGACGGCUCUCCUGACGAUGAAAGAUGUUUUCACAGAGCUCUUUUCGUGUUUUGCUGUAAGAACCCACGAUGUCACAAAACGAACUCUAAUGGUGUAUUUGCCGUUUUUAGAAAUCAACUUCCGCGCAAGAAUAAAUUUUUCAGUAAUAAUCCGCCUCCCGAACUAGGAGAAGACAGGGCAGACUGGAAUGGUGUUGAUCCCGAGUUUAGACCUCGUGCGUUCGUGUCAUUGUGCGAUGUAUGUGGCUGUCUUGGUGAUAAGAAGUGUUCUAAGUGUCAUAAAGUUUGUUACUGUUGCCGGGAUCACCAAGUCAUCGGAUGGAAGGCAGGCCACAAAACAGAUUGUUCAAAACUUGCCGAAAGCAAAGAUGAUCAGAAAGCUCAUGCAACCUCUCCAUCAUCAAACAACUUCCUUUUCCCAGAAUUUGAAAUCGUUACUGAGCCAGAACCAGAAGAGUCAAAAACAAAGGAGCGCAGCGAAAAAGAAAGAAUGAAAGACUUUGAAAAAAUGACUAAAAAUAUGAACAUCAAUGCAUCUGAGCUGGGUUCAAAAGACGAUAAAGAACUGGAAAAACUUGCAAUGGCAGGAAAGGAAGAUCUUUUGGCUGAUAAGCAAUUUAAGGCUUUUAAGAAGAGAAUAGCACGAGAACCAGAGCAGGUAUUAAGGUAUGACAAGGGUGGUCAGCCACUAUGGGUGUCUGGUGACAAUCAACCAAGCAAUACUGACAUUCCCCCAUGUUUGUGUGGAGCAAGCAGACACUUUGAAUUUCAGAUAAUGCCACAAUUACUGAACUAUCUUGGAGUAGACAGUGUGGAAGACAGCAUUGACUGGGGCACAGUAGCAAUAUUCACCUGUACUAAAAACUGUGAAGAUGGCCCAGCAUAUCACCAGGAAUUUGUUUGGAAACAAGAUUUUACAGACACUGGUUUACCUGGGAAGGCUCUUUUAAGAUAGAAUAUGUUGUGCAUGGUAAAUUUGUUGAUUA